CGACCACUGGUUGAGCAAAUUCACUCAUGCGCAAUAGUAUUAUACCGGCAGAGGCGAAGAAGCUGUGGCCCAAGCAGGGUGGGGGAUAAAAUAAACGAAUUUGACAGGUUACACCAUGAGUCAGGGUAAAGACAAUGCGCGACUCAAGAGUUACAAAAACAAGUCCCUCAAUACAGACGAAAUGCGGCGGAGGAGGGAAGAAGAAGGUCUGCAGCUACGCAAACAGAAAAAAGAUGAACAGUUGUUCAAAAGAAGGAAUGUGGCCACUGUGGAGGAGGAUGGAGCGCUGGAAGAUGAUGGGAUGUCGGACAGUGGGUACCUGGAAUCCCAGGUCAACAACAUGGAUCAAAUUACAGGUGGGGCCAUUUCAGAGGAUAUGACACAGAUGAUCUUUUCAAGUUCACCUGAACAGCAGCUGAUGGGCACCCAGCGAUUCAGGAAGCUCCUAUCGAAAGAGCCCAACCCUCCCAUUGAUGAGGUCAUCGCCACUUCUGGCGUGGUAGAACGAUUCGUGGAGUUCCUCAAGAGGAGGGAGAACUGCACAUUACAGUUUGAAGCUGCGUGGGUACUAACCAACAUCGCCUCAGGCACGUCCCACCAGACGCGAGUGGUCAUCCAGGCUGGCGCUGUGCCCAUCUUCAUAGAGAUGCUGACCUCAGACUUUGAGGACGUCCAGGAGCAGGCAGUAUGGGCUUUGGGGAACAUAGCAGGAGACAGCACAGAGUGCAGAGACUUUGUGAUAGACUGCAACAUCCUUCCCUCUCUUAUACAAUUGUUAGCGAAGCAGAACCGGCUUACGAUGAUGAGGAACGCCGUAUGGGCCCUGUCCAACCUUUGCAGAGGAAAAAACCCACCUCCAGAUUUCUCAAAGGUGUCUCCGUGCCUCAGUGUCCUCUCGUGGCUAUUAUUUGUGAAUGACACAGACAUUCUGGCCGACGCGUGCUGGGCUCUCUCCUACCUGUCAGACGGACCCAAUGACAAGAUCCAGUCGGUCAUUGACUCUGGGGUCUGCCGCAGACUAGUGGAAUUGUUGCUACACUCGGACUAUAAGGUGGUCUCUCCAGCACUGAGGGCAGUGGGGAACAUCGUUACAGGAGAUGACCUGCAGACACAGGUGAUCCUGAACUGUUCAGCACUGCAGUCUCUCCUCCACCUGCUCACCAGCCCCAAGGAGUCCAUCAAGAAGGAGGCAUGCUGGACCAUCUCCAACAUCACUGCAGGGAACCGUGCACAGAUACAGCUUGUGAUCCAGGCAGGGCUGGUACCCCCACUCAUCAGCAUCCUGCAGGUAGCUGAGUUUCGCACGAGGAAGGAGGCAGCCUGGGCCAUCACCAACGCCACCUCUGGAGGCUCCUCUGAGCAGAUCAGACACCUGGUGGAAAUGGGCUGCAUCAACCCCCUGUGUGACCUGCUGACCCUCAUGGAUUCCAAGAUCGUGCAGGUGGCCCUAAACGGCCUGGAGAACAUCCUGAGGCUGGGGGAGCUGGAGGCCAAGAGGGGUGGAGGUAGCAACCCAUACUGCGGCACCAUCGAGGAGGCCUAUGGCCUGGACAAACUAGAGUUCCUGCAGCACCACGAGAACCAGGAGAUCUACAAGAAGGCCUUCGACCUGAUCGAGCACUACUUCAGCACGGAGGACGAGGACCCGGCUUUGGCCCCCGCCGUGGACCUGCAGCAGCAGCAGUUCCUCUUCCAACAGCAUGAGGCGCCCAUGGAGGGCUUCCAGCUCUAACCCCAAACGCCCCCCCCCAACCCUCACCAUCCCCCCUCUCCGAAACCUUGUCAGCAGAGAGAAUGAUUUAAUAAUUAUCAUGAUUAUUAAUGAUUAUACAGAGUGUGAUAUUCCAGGAGCCGUUUCUCUCUGCUGCUCCUGCUGUCUGACGUCUGCGAGUUCUGAUGUCCUGACUGCGCGCUUGUUGUUUAUCAUGCGCUGAGCUUUCUCCUCCGCCCCCCCCAACCUUCUCAACCCCCUCAGUCCAACAUUACAGUAACCCCGUCUACGUAAUGGAGCCCUUGUUCCCAACUUUCCCAUUCAGACCCCAUAUCAUAACAGCUUACAAACGAACAAGCCACUCUACCAGAGUAACACCAUACCUUCCUGUAACCCCAUAAGGAAGUCCCCAUGGCCUACCCCCGAACUGAAAAGUCCCCAAUCUUGUAAGCCGCUGGGAUUGAACCUUCCCGUCUUACUUCGAAACUGCAAUACUGACUCCCUGAAACAGGCGAGACUCUGGUCACAUCCCAUCCCUUACCCCUUCCGGGCUGAGAUCGCAUCUGCUGACACAGACAGACAGAUAGACAGACAGACCGACCAACAAACAAAGACAAACACACACACACACACACAAACACAGGACUGACCGUGCGACUGUGUGAUGGCGUGAUCUGCGUCUCCGCUCGCAGGACCCACGAUUCCCCUCGCAGCUCAACUUUAGUGGAGAAACAACGGCCAGUCCGCAACCCCCAACGACUGAAAGUCUUCUCCUGAAGGCGACGCACUUUUAUCUGAAAGAGAUGUUUUAUUUCUCUCUCUUUUUUCUCCCACUGUCGACACUUCCCAAAGCUGCCGGCAGCCGGCGGUCUGUGAUGUACAGACUGUAGCAGCUUUUAUUUCAUACUUCCGACAGUGAGACUUGCGGAGUACGGACUGUGACUGACGAUGCCAUCUGAGUAUCUUUGUGCUCGGAUAUAUAUCAUGCAUUCCUACAAGCGACAGGACGACAGGUAAUCCUGCAGCAAUGGCUCCAACCCAACAUGCAUGGGCUAGCCUUUCUCCUCUCAAGCAACAUUCUAGAAAGCACCUUUGGAAUUAUCGGGGUUGGAGUCUUCCCUUGGACUUAGGCCAUUGGAUGAAAUACAGAUAAACAAACAAAAAAAAACUCUUAAAUGAAUCUUGAUCCUGCAUAUCCGCGAGGAUCAGACCGGAGAGACUUAAAACAGGACCGUUUUGGUUUCCUUUCCCGUACCAUCAUCAGCAGCAUCUUCAUCAGCACUUUACCUUCAGGACUGAUCCCAGGACAUUAGAAUGAAUACACACACACACACACACACACACACACACACACACACACACCAACUCAGUCCUCUUCCCUCUGGCAAAGCUUUGUCCCUCAGGCUGAAGAAGUGUGACCAAGAGCUUUGGUGUGUCCCCUUUUACAUGACAUCGGCCCACAGUGCACAGCAGGCACUGAUCACGGGACUUUGAUUCUCAAAAGAAUAAUGGAGAACACUAAAUAUUUAUGGGCAAGAUUGUUUGUAAAAAGCUUGCCCCCCUCUCCCCCAAAAUAUAUAAUUUUUCAAUCAGACUCUUGGAAAAUUUUGAAGAUUGACCCCGGCAGGAUACAUUUUCCAUAUAUACAUAUGUGUGUGUGUGUGUGUGUGCAUUUUUCCGAGACAAACUCUGGUAUUAUUUUUAGAUCAUUGUCAAUCUUAUUAAGACAGACAUGAAACGUAAAAAGAAUAACGAUGGUGAAAAUGGAAACAUACUCCUAAAAAAAAAAAAAAAAUCUCUACUUUUUUUGGGGGAGUAGAAUCUGUCUAUACCGAAGGUGCCAUAAUUCCUCAUUCAGAAAUCGAGGUGGAAAAAAAAAAUUAUAAAACAGAACUAAGAUAAUUCUAAAGAAUACUGAUGAUUCAAUAGCUAAAGAAGCUGUAAGAUUGUUUACCAAGUGUUUUUUUUUUUUUUUUUUUAAUGUUCUCCAGUGAGAUAACCAGCUCUUCAUGUUCAAUACUGCUGUUGCAUUGAGUUGUGUAUCUGUUCUCUGUUAGACCGUUUGCAUAAAUGCCAUUUCAUGGA